CGUAAUAGCAGAGAAGGGCUAGGGAGCGGUUGCCGAGCAGGGGCUUUACCGCGGGCAGGCAGCUGUGCCAGCUAACCGUCUGGGAUCUCGCACUGGGGGCUGCAGCUUUUCCCCGCCUCGAGCCAGUGUGCGGGGGCGGGAGAAGAGCCAGGGGGAGCGGGCUGGGCCCGGGGCUGCGGCUGCGGCCGCGGGGCUGCGGCUCCCCAGCCCCGCCAGCUGGAGCGCUCGGAGGUAGAGGAAAGGUCUUGACGGGGUGGCUGGAUCCGUGGCAGCCUCGAGUCUCCUACGUGGCUCCCCGGAGCCCUGAGACCAAGCGAGCAGUUUGCAUGAUCCCAGUUCGCGGACAAGUGGGUGUGUCAGGGCCGUUCCCAGAGGGCCGGGGCUCCUUCGCUUGGUCAAACCCUAGACUCGUUUACUGGGGCCUGGGCCGCUUGAGGCAAAACCCGCCUUGAAAGCUACGUCAGCCUAAUCCAGUUCCAGAUUCUAGACUUGAGGGUUCUGGGCUGUUGGUCUGUAGAAGCGAAGGAGAGAAGGACUCAAAUCCAGGCCAAGUGUAUGGCUGUCUGAGGUAUUGGAACAGAAGGAGGUCCAUUCCUGUUGGUGACAACACCGUGGCCCUGUUCUGGGAUGAGCGAGGUGUAAAGGUUUCCCACAAGAAAGAGCAGCUGAGUCCUUGCAUCUUGUGGCAGCUGGUGUGCCCAGCACUGAGUCUGUAGGAGCUGAAGCCAGCCCGGACCCUUCUCAUGGGCAGUGCCCACCUGUGCUGAAGUUCUGCAACGGUGGCGGUGUGAGGAGCUGUGAAAUUAGUUGUAACUGAAAAUGUCUGACGGUCUGGAUAAUGAAGAGAAACCCCCAGCUCCUCCACUGAGGAUGAAUAGUAACAACCGGGAUUCUUCAGCACUCAACCACAGCUCCAAACCACUUCCCAUGGCCCCUGAAGAGAAGAAUAAGAAAGCCAGGCUUCGCUCUAUCUUCCCAGGAGGAGGGGAUAAAACCAAUAAGAAGAAGGAGAAAGAGCGCCCAGAGAUCUCUCUUCCUUCAGACUUUGAGCAUACGAUUCAUGUGGGGUUUGAUGCAGUCACCGGGGAAUUCACUAACUCCCCUUUCCAGACCUCUAGACCUGUGACGGUCGCUUCAAGUCAAUCAGAGGGAAAAAUGCCAGAUCUCUAUGGCUCACAGAUGUGCCCAGGGAAGCUCCCAGAGGGAAUUCCCGAGCAAUGGGCACGAUUACUCCAAACCUCCAACAUAACAAAAUUGGAACAGAAGAAGAACCCACAAGCUGUUCUAGAUGUUCUCAAAUUCUAUGAUUCCAAAGAAACAGUCAACAACCAGAAAUACAUGAGCUUUACAUCAGGAGAUAAAAGUGCACAUGGAUACAUAGCAGCCCAUCCUUCGAGUACAAAAACAGCAUCUGAGCCUCCAUUGGCCCCUCCUGUGUCUGAAGAAGAAGAUGAAGAGGAAGAAGAAGAGGAAGAUGAAAAUGAGCCACCACCAGUUAUCGCACCAAGACCAGAGCAUACAAAAUCAAUCUACACUCGUUCUGUAGUUGAAUCCAUUGCUUCACCAGCAGUACCAAAUAAAGAGGUCACACCACCCUCUGCUGAAAAUGCCAAUUCCAGUACUUUGUACAGGAACACAGAUCGGCAAAGAAAAAAAUCCAAGAUGACAGAUGAGGAGAUCUUAGAGAAGCUAAGAAGCAUUGUGAGUGUUGGGGACCCAAAGAAAAAAUACACAAGAUUUGAAAAAAUUGGUCAAGGGGCAUCAGGCACUGUUUAUACAGCACUAGACAUUGCAACAGGACAAGAGGUGGCCAUAAAGCAGAUGAACCUUCAACAGCAACCCAAGAAGGAAUUAAUUAUUAAUGAAAUUCUGGUCAUGAGGGAAAAUAAGAACCCUAAUAUUGUUAAUUAUUUAGAUAGCUACUUGGUGGGUGAUGAACUAUGGGUAGUCAUGGAAUACUUGGCUGGUGGCUCUCUGACUGAUGUGGUCACGGAGACCUGUAUGGAUGAAGGACAGAUAGCAGCUGUCUGCAGAGAGUGCCUGCAAGCUUUGGAUUUCUUGCACUCAAACCAGGUGAUCCAUAGAGAUAUAAAGAGUGACAAUAUUCUUCUCGGGAUGGAUGGCUCUGUUAAAUUGACUGACUUUGGGUUCUGUGCCCAGAUCACUCCUGAGCAAAGUAAACGAAGCACUAUGGUGGGAACCCCAUAUUGGAUGGCACCUGAGGUGGUGACUCGAAAAGCUUAUGGUCCGAAAGUUGAUAUCUGGUCUCUGGGAAUUAUGGCAAUUGAAAUGGUGGAAGGUGAACCCCCUUACCUUAAUGAAAAUCCACUCAGGGCAUUGUAUCUGAUAGCCACUAAUGGAACCCCAGAGCUCCAGAAUCCUGAGAGACUGUCGGCUGUAUUCCGUGACUUUUUAAAUCGCUGUCUUGAGAUGGAUGUGGAUAGGCGAGGAUCUGCCAAGGAGCUUUUGCAGCAUCCAUUUUUAAAAUUAGCCAAGCCUCUCUCCAGCCUGACUCCUCUGAUUAUCGCUGCAAAGGAAGCGAUUAAGAACAGCAGCCGCUAAGACUGCAAGCCUUACACCUCACCAUCUCCCUCAUGAGUAAGACUGAAACAAAACUCUGCUGCAGGAAAGAUGGAAGAAAAGACAGUCAGAUGGGGUGGGGGUUCUUUACCUUUCAAAUGAAUAGAAACUUCUUAUAAGCCUUUUUCCUACUCCCUCAGAUUAUGUAAUUUAUUUGUAAGCCUGAAUCGCAGCCCAAACAGGGCAGCAAUGUUGAAGUGACCAUAAAGUGGUCACUUCCACCGUGAAGCGAAAGAGCCAGUAGUGAAUCCCCUCAUUUUGUGCAUUCACUUUGAAGAAAAAGGUUUCUCAAAGAUGCACACUCCCUCUUCAUAGUGUUGUGUUUGUUUUUAAGUUAGAGAGUAGUCCCUCUUGCAUUCAAACCUCCUUCAAAACUCCUUACCCAGUGUGAUGUUUUUCACUUGCAUUGUCAUUAGAUGUCCAGAAAAAAAAAAGAUGUCAAAAUGUUUUUCUAAAAAAAAGAAAGCAAAAAAAGUAAGGCAAAAAAAAAAAAAAACAAAACAAAAACAAAAAGAAAACAAAAACAAACAAACAAAAAAAUACCAGAGCAAGUACUGUGUGAACAUGUGGAAGUCCAUGCCCUAAUAGAGUUGCAAUUUUUUAUUCUUCUAUAGUGGUGGCUUGGUUUGUGUACCUAUUUUUCUGCAUUUGUAUUGGAAAAGGUUUCUUUUAAGACAUUUUCCAAAAGUGGAGAGGAAUAUGUGUGUUCAGGAAGGGCUUUCAAAAAACUGUAUAUCUAAAUAAAGCUCAAACGGUGAAAUCCUGUCACAUUUUCACAAUGAUGCUUAAAAGAUAGUUGAGUAAACCAGGUUGUUAAUCUCCUUAAUACCUGAAAGAGGACACACUGAAACUGUGACAUCCUGCUAGGUGAGUUCAGGUUCUGAACCUAGGAAAUCCUCAUAGGAGAAACCACAUUUAAACAAAGAUGGGACUUUCUCUGACAGCCAAAAUCAGAUACAUGUAGAAUACUGAAAUCCUUGUUGGACAUUAAGUAAACAAAGAUAAUGAUACCUAAAUUAAUCCUCUCGUGUGCUUAUGAAACAUAUGCACUGUAAAAUAGGCAUACCAGGAGGAAAUAGAUCCAUUAACCAUCAUUUACUUAUGAUACAAAUUAUUUAUUUUGACAAUUUAUGACAUUUAAAAAAGUUUUUUAAAGAUCUAGAGAAAGGUGAUACAGUAAACAUUCAACUCUGUAAGAAAUGGGAGAUCAGUGAAGGCUACAUCCCAAUCAAUAUUGGGCUCUAAGUACUUCUUCCCAUUUUCCCUAUGUAUCACCUAUUUCUGUUUUGGAAUAUGGUGUGUUCCUGCUUAGUUCUUUGGGCUUUUGAAUAUCAAAAGCAUAUUCAUAAAGGUCUUGAAAUUCUCUCCAGUGGAAAAUAAUUUUAACUUACAAUCAUAUCCCAAGAAAUGUCAGUCCAACAGAAUUCCUUAUAUGACUUGGGGAAAAUAACAAAAUUUGACUAUUAUUUCACCAUAUAUCUAUUUAUUAAAAGUUUAGCAGUUGGCACUUCCUGAAUCUUCUGAGAGUAGAAAAAUAUCUGCGGAGUGUCUGUGUAGAAAACGAUAUGCCUCUCUUUUGAGUGUAUUGACAAUUUUGUAAAUUACAGAAAGUUGUUUCUCUAAGCCUUUGAAAAACUAACAAUUUGUGUUAUAGAAGGCUUCUUAAUUUGUAGUAUAAAUGAAUCUAAACAGAACCUAUGUACAUUCAGCAAGAAGGGGAAAGAGAUCAGUUACAUAGGCCUCUCUCCUUCUUUGCCAAGGUACAUCCAUCCAUCUAACCAUCCAUGUAUCCACUUCUUAAAAUGAAAGCACUUUCUUUAGAGUUUCAGCAAACUAUAUAGUGUACGUGUUUAUGUUUAGGAGAUGACCCCACUGGUGUAUUUCCUAUUUUCCCUAUUGUUUUCUUUGACUGUAAAAGUUGGGAGAGGCUUGACCUCCUCCCCCUGAAAAUGUCCACAGUGGGAUAAAACAACAAAUGUGAAAAGAAAAUGAAAUGGUAAUAUUAAUUUGAAGCAUACUAUGUUAUACUUUGCAAAAAGGAAUCUAGGCCUGUAAUUUUUACUGCCACACUGCUCUAAUGAGAGAGAGAGGCCUUAAUUUUGAUUUCAUUUAAAAAUAAGUACUUUAAAAAUUUUUUCACUCAUAGUGCCGGGAAAUUCAAUGAAAUCCUGGGAUGCAAAUAAAAAUCAGUACAUUAGUGACUCUGUCCUGCCAGUGGAGAGAGCCCAAAACCUGGUUAGGAAACCCUAUUCAUCAAUUAGCAUCCCUUACAUGUUGAGAAGGCCUUUUUUGUUGUUGUUAUUUUGGAGACCUUGGAGCAGUGACCCUUCAGAUCACUGUAGGCAGAGAAAUGGCUUCUCUCUUAUGCUUUCAGUUCAGCAUAUUAACAAUGAGGAGCCAGGUACUUCUUUACUACCACUUUGUACCAAGAUUUGAUAAUAAUAUAUCCCAGGAGGCAUUACUCUUAUAAAUUUGUAUUUAUGUAAAUUUUCAAAUGAGAACAGCUUCUAAAGCCCCUUCCCUGUAUUGGAGAGUUAUGUAUAUUUCUAAUAAGUAUUAGAAAGAAGCUGUUUCUCAUGCCACAAUGAUGCUGAAGGAUUCACAUUUGGUACAAUCGAGUAACUUGAACUCCAGACUGUUAACAGUUUAUUCUCUUUCCCUGGAUUUUUUUAGUUCAUCUUGACAUAGAUGAGUCUAUCCAAAUCUUUGAUGUUGCUAGUGUGCCCUGAGAUAGCAAGGGCACACCCUUCAAUGUUGAUUCCAAAAUGUCCUGAGAUAGGAAUAGGGCAGUGGGAAAGUCAGGGAAGGGUGAGAAGCACAGUAGAGAUUAUUUAUUUAAAAAAGGAAAGAACGUUAAUGUUGUUAGCAAGGAUCCAGUGCGUUGUCAUAAUCCCAUGAGGAUUUUCAGAUGACACAAUCCCCUCAAAUCAGUCACCAUGUUGGGUAAUGACUUCGUUCUUGCUGAUCUCGUGUGUGUGUCGUUGUAAAUAUUUGUGUGUCCAUGUUCCAUUUUGGCUACUGGAUGGCCAAGCCAUGUAAGAAGAUUUAACUCACGUAUUUAUUCUUUAUGUUAUUCAGAUUUCUUUCAGGCUUGUGAACUGCACCCCAAUGUUUGAGUUUAACCACCUGAUCCUUACAUCUAUCCCUCCCCGGUGAAGCACAUUCCAUUGCUAAAAGAAAAAGAAAUAUGAAAUUGCUUCCUGUUGUCUGUAUAACUGUUUUGAUAGUUUGAGAUGUUUGUCUAUAAAUGAUAUUUCUCAGCUCAAAAAUCGUGUAAAUAAUUAUAUUCCUUUGCUCAAUGGGUUGUUUAUUUCUAAUGAGGCUGCCAGUUCUGAGAGAUUCUAUAAUAUCACUUUUAAAUAACAUAAACAGGGAUUACAACUAUGUAAAAAGAAAUGCAUAUGGACAAAGACUGGGAACAUAGAUAAUUGAAAUCAGUUGUGUUAGGGUGGUGGAAUUACGUGAAUUUUUUUUCUUUUUAAAAUUUUAUUUGAUAUUGUUAUAAUAUUGCUUUAUAAUAAAUAAACAGCAGAAAGGGAACUAUAGACACAUAGAAAAGAUGCCAGAAGCAGAUGCCUUCUGGCCAGAGCCCAGAGCAUGCAGGGCACAGAUAUUUGCUAGUUACAAUUAUUCCAUAGGCUUUAUGCUUGCCUGGGUGCUGAGGUUGGCACACGCUCAGGUAUGGCACACGCUUUCUUAGGAGACUAUUAUCUAUAAGUUAAAGCUAGGGAGAUGUCACUAUUAGAACUCCAAACACACUCUUCUGCUUUAAAACAGGCUGUCUGCCCUCUGCUUUGGUAUGGCAUUCAGGUGUCUGUUUUGUGGUUGCUUUAGAUUGGAGGGGUGACCAUUUUAUUAGCCCUCUUGCAGAUAUUGCCUUUCUGGAACAUUUUAACAGACUCUCAGGUUGAAUUUUGGAGGAAUAGAAGGAUAAAAUCCCCAGCUCCCAUCAUUUUCUUGUCCAACAGGAUAACACUGUAUAUCAUUCAGGUAGGAUUCUUCUUUUAAUAACCAAUAGGGCAAGUCCCACUAAUUUCAAUAGAAAUUAUGACUUGCAAUUAAAAGCUGACUUUGAAAUCAUUAAACAAAUAUGUAGGACUGUCUCUGCCUGUUGGCAUUCAGUUAUAGUUCUGUUAAUUUUGGCUUGGGAUGGUCUCCAUGUGCUUUCUUCUGCCUAUUUAUAGGUUGUUUGCAGUAGUUGUGAUUUUUAAAGAGCAAGGGAGACCAUCUAACCAAAGGAGAACUUCCUUCUAACUCACCAAAGAAAUUUUAGGUGAGAACUUUAAUAAUGAGGUAGUCACCUCAGAUAUGCUGCUUAGUUUCACUAAAAGCAGACCCUAUACCUAGAGAAGUCACUGGCUUUUUAUUGGUCAUUCUCAAUAUAAAAAUACUUAGGGGAGUCUUAACCCUGCCAUCCCCGGUUGAAUCUCUUGGUCUUUAUCUAAGCUACUUGCAGUUAAUAUUCAGUUAAACAAAGGUAUGGCCAGUAGUGCAAGUAUCUCCCAGUCUCUGAGCUCUGAAUAAGAGGACUGAAAUUCAGCAUUUGUAAACUGACAGUUUGAUGGGCCUGCGAUUUGAAGUGAACUCAGCACACAAUUCUGAACAUAUAUUUGCAUGUGGACUGGGAAGGAAAUAAAUGGGAACUUGGAAAUAAUGGAAUAUUUCUCCUAUGAAAGAAUUUUUCAUAGAAGAUUUGUUUUUGAUAUAAUCUUUCUGUUGGUUAGCUUUUAGUUUUUUCAUUCCUUUUCUGAUCCACACUCCUUUAAGUGACCAAAUGAAUAUAACCCAACAUGCAUUGGGAAUGUGUUUAAUAUUAAACAAUGUCUAACUGAAUCUGCAAAUGCGGGAACUGAGAUAUCACCUCCAUGUGCACACCUGUGUGUACGAGUAUUCUAUACAACUUGUAGCAUUUACUGCCACUUAAUUGGGUUGAACUUGCAAGAUAAACUUUUAGAAACUGCUUAGUGCCAUCGGAGUCUCCUUUAGAAGCUGCCAUCAGGCAAAUGCUAUCCCAUAAUACCAGCAGUAAGGCAGGCACCAUGUUCAACAGAUUUAGUACCCAAGAGGAAAUCAACAGCAAUAGUAGAGAAUGAGUCAGAUGUAGUGGAAUAAAGACUAGCCUAGGAAGAAGGAGCCCUGGAGUCUAAUAUGAGCUUCAUUACUAAAUUGCUAUGUGACCGUUGGCAAGUCACUUAACCUCUCCAUGGCUGUUUCCUCAUCUGUAAAAUAAGUGUAUUGGACUAGAUGAUCUUUAGGGUCUUUCCAAAAGUCUAACAAACAUUCUACGGCAUUAUAGGUUGCUUUGCAAAUUCAGCCUGCUAUAGUGAUGGCAAAUAUCACAUGUUUAAGCCUGAGUCUGUUAUAUUGCAGUUAAAUAAAAGAACUAUGUAAGAUGAUUUUUAAAAUUCAAGCAAAUGGGCCGGGUGCGGUGGCUCAUGCCUGUAAUCCCAGCACUUUGGGAGCCCAAGGCAGGCGGAUCACCUGAGGUCGGGAGUUCGAGACCAGCCUGACCAACACAGAGAAACCCCAUCUCUACUAAAAAUACAAAAUUAGCCGGGUGUGGUGGCGGGCGCCUGUAAUCCCAGCUACUCGGGAGGCUGAGGUGGGAGAAUCACUUGAACCCAGGAGGCGGAGGUUGUGGUGAGCUGAGAUCAUGCCAUUGCACUCCAGCCUCGGCAACAAGAGUGAAACUUCGUCUCAAAAAAAAAAAAAAAACUCAAGCAAAUGAAGUUCAUAAUAAUAGGGGAUGUUGAUAAAACUUGUGGCAGCCUUCCAAUUCAUUUACAGUUGUUUCAUUUUGUUUUUGUUUUAAUGUCCAUUUUCUUUUGACUGUUCCCAGUUUUCAUUUUCCAUACAGUCUGUAUGUAAAGUCUGGUUUUCAUUAAGCUGUGGCCAGUAUUUGCCACUACAACAGAAACACACUGUCACACUUGCUAGAAUAUAACUGUACUUGGGCUUCUCCUUUCCUGUGAAGUAGUGCUGGGCUUUCUAGAGUUUAAUUCUCAAGUGGCACAAGAUAGCAGAGCCCAUGCAUUUUAAUGGCUGAGACUGCUAAGAGUGAACCUAAACACUUACAAGUUGCAGAGAGAAAUGAAAAAGUAAUUACAUGCUAUUAGCAUUGAGAAGUGUUGACAAAUUAAUUUGUUGGGAAACAAAGAUAGCAUUUCUGAUGACAACUCCCACAGUGAUUGGCCAGUUGUAUGAUGAGUACACUGCUGGAAAGAGGGUAAACUGGGAGUUAGUUAGUGGAUGGUCCCAAUGGCCUGCCUACAGCAGAGUGCCAACCAGCCCUGAGUACAAAAUUCAAGUUCAGUGUGCGUGCUUGUGUGUGGUGUGCUUUAUGGACCCGCAAAUACCAUAUUCAUUAUUGAUAAGAUCUUCACAGAAUCCUGUAACUAUUAAUGCAUUGAGUUUUUAAUCUCAGUACAUCAGCCAGGAGGAGCCAGAUCACAGGGUAGUGAUGUCUACUGGGAUUAUACUCAUAACAUCUACACAAAACAAGUUGAGAAGGAUUCACAUUUUCAUUGUUUAUCAGAAUUGUAUCUCAUUUGGCUGAGCAUUACUUUUGUCAAAAUGUGUUAUCUGUAAACCAUGUGUAGUGAAAUUCUUCUGUAACUUUGGAUUAAAGGUAUUUAUGGUCUUUUUGUUUGUUUGAUUUUUAAGUAAGUUAUUUCUUUUGUAGACCUGCUGAUGGUGUGGUUCCAUCCUUCUGACCUCAGCAUCCAAUCUUUUUAAGGAUUUUUGUUUUCAAUAUUGUUAUUUUAAAUUGUGGUUGAAGCAAUAGAAAAUUGAAAUAUGGAUUGUGCAUGACUGUGUCUUGAGUGUAAAAAUAUUGCAGUUUGAAACUUGGACCUAAAGUAUUGCAAAUAAAAAUGACAAACAUCAA